AAUAACCCUACAUAUAUGGUCUCUUCUUCGCAACACAACAAAGAACAACGUUAUUGUUACGCUCUAACGAUUGAAGCAAAAGCUCUCACUUUUUUCACUCGUGAUGGAUUCCCCACCGCAUACUUUGAUUUCAUCAUCGUCUCAUACGGCUGCCAUUCCGUCACCUCUGCCGGCACCGAAAAAGAAAAAGAAACCUCAACAGUGUUUAUGGCAAGGUUAAUUCUGCACUCUAUAGAAGAGCUUAGCGAAUUGCUUAAGGAAAUUAGGCUAAGGCAUGAGAACAGCAAAGAAGCAUUGAAUGCUGAGAGAGAAAGGAAAAUGCGCAUUUUGAAGUCACUGCGUUAGUCAUGUCUUGUGUUGGUGAAUCUAGUCAGUGGUCUGGGUGUGAUUUUAUUUCUCUGUUUCAUUAUUUCUUCAAAUUUACAUUUGGUAAGAAUCUAAAUUGAUAUAUAUGAUGUUAUCCCUCUGUUUCAUUAUUUCUUCUAACCGCCUUAAAUGCAUUUUUUUAUGCCAAAAUAUGCUCCUAUUUGGUAAGAUUCUAUAUUUGAUGUUAUUUCUUCAAACCCCUUAAAUGCCUUUUUUUUAUGCCAAAAUAUGUUCCUAUUAUAUUAUGAUGAUACUUCCAUAAACGGAUAUGCUUACUUCUAUGUGGAAAAAGGUAUGAAAUUUUCAGUUGGUUUAUGAUUCCCAUUCUAAAAUUAGACCUCUUUUUUACUAACACGGCCCCUUCUUGUAUGCCAAAUAUUUGAGCACUAAACGACUGACUAUACCAACAUGUUCCAAUAACAACUCGUUCACCAUCUAAGGUAUGUUCUCUUCGUUACUAAAACUAUUUUGAAUCCAUAACUAGCGUGAUCGUUGGAGUCUUUGCAGCUACCACACCUUUGAUUUGCUCCUGACGAGGAUCAAUCAGUCUUAAGGCCAUUAAAGGUAUUGGGAAGAUCAUCAAUUUUGAGUGUUUGGCAUUGAUUUGUAUUGGGCUGCAUCUCUUCAUAUUUUCUUCUUUUAAGUUGAUUUUUACAAUUAAAACAAUUAGCAUAUAUUUGUAUUGACAUUGAAAACCGUUAACUUUGCAUUUAUCCCUUUGAAUUCAUGGUCGUAGCAUAUAUUUGUAUUGCAUUUAGCUGUUUUGUUAUCUGUGAAGGAAAAAGUACAUUUGCAAAUAAAAAAUGCUUUGAAAAUUUUAUUA